AUGCAGGAUUUGCAGCAAUCGAAUGAUAAUGGCACUGAUCAAACUAACAUUGUUGAUUUUGAUCAGUUAAGAGAAACUGAAGUGGAUACACGUUCUGAUUAUACUCGGCCUACUACGUUGAAUUCAAAUGUUCACUCAAUGUUCGGAGCUGACCUUGAAAUGAAAGAAAUAUCUACUGAAGAGACAGCAACAGUAAAUAACAUUAGUCACGACAAAUUUACACCAAUAUCAAUUGUUCAAACACCACCUCUCUUGUUUGUCUCACCUGCAUCCUCAUUAUCGUCUUCAGCUACGCCGAAAAUUAUGAAUGUUGAUUCAACAUGCAAAAUCACCAGCAAGCUGAAUGUUGCAGCCUGUCUGCUAAAUCAAGCUAAAAAUAUAUUAAGUCCUUCGCAAGUACCUGACCAUACUAUCAUUAGUGAUGAACAGAAAAAUGUACUCACAUACUUGAAUCGUCAAAAUGCUAAUUCAUCGGAUUUUAUUUUUGAUGUCAAUGAAAUUCAACAAAUUGAGAGAAAUAAGGCAAAUAUUAUUUCUCAGAGUGAUAUGGAUAAAUUGAAGAAACUUCAACAAGACCAACACAAAAAGCAACAUCAGAAGAACCAGCAAAACAAAAUUAUAACUGCUGUUGCUGCUGCUGAGGAUGAUAAUAAUUACAAUAUAGACAACCCAAAACGAAAUCUCGAAUGGACUUUAAUUUUAGACGAAUAUGUUUGGCAUUCAAAUGACUAUUGUGUAUUCAGUUACGAUCGUCAUCAUUUUACUACUCGAACAACUAUUGGUAUGACAAAUAAAUUCUUCAUGAACGUAGAUGCUCAUUGCAAGUUUAGUACAUGCACAUGUAUAUUUCAUGCUACGUUAACUGAAAACGGCCGAUUAAGAAUAAAUUAUUUAGGUCGAAUUGUGCAUAAAGCAGGUGAAGUACAUGCUCGACCAAUACGUGGUUCGCGUCGUGAAGAAUUACAACAGUUUACUUCGCUAGGUGCUACACCAGGUGCACUUUAUCUUCAACAAUUAAAAUCAAUUUCAACGGCAAAUAAAGAAGCAGGAAAUAGGAAUGCUGUAGUUUCUAGUCGUUCAGUACUUCGCAAAAUAUCAAGUGAAGCUAAUUCUAAAUUACGUCGAGAUGAUGACUUAGACAAAAGUCUGCGUGAAUUAAAGAUUGAACAAGCAAAGAAGGUUUUUCCUGGUGAAGUAAUACCCGGUUAUCUUCAAGAAAUCAGUACGGAUCCACUGCGAUUGAUCUGUUUUACCGCUGGAGGCAUUGGUGCAUACCAUCACUUUGGAUCCACUAUGCCAUUAUCAUGGGAUGCAACUGGUGGUAUCAUAGUCAAUCGUAAUAAACGUAUUUUUUAUUAUGAAUUAACAAUGACAAAUCUCAGUAAAGGUGGUUCAUCGCUUCCAAUAUCAGUAAUGUUAAGUGCCUCGCAUGGAACCAUGGAUAUUGUUCAUUGGAUGAAUUGUUUUAUCGAAAAAUACAAACAAGUGUACGGUUUUUCUAAUCCUUUUCCUAAGCCACCGGUCAUUCAUAGUGAUCGUGCUUCUGCUUUUCUGCUUGCUGGUAUUCAAAUCUUUAAUCAAGAUGAAACUAUGGAUCGUUAUAUUGAACGAUGUUGGCGCAUUCUACAACGAACUGCUACUAAACGUGAUUUGGAAAUAACAAUUGCACACGCCUGUCUCGGCCAUUUCAUGAAGAACGCAAGAAAGAAUGCAUCGAAAGAUUUAGGAAAAAAACAGAUUCCAUUUGAUAUGUGGUUAAUGGCGUUACUUGUUAAUUGUAAUACACUGGAUGAAAUGAUCACUAUUUGGCGAAAUAUAUGCAUUGUACUUAUGAGUCCAAGUCAGAAUGAUCAAUUCAAAAUGUCAUUAUCAGUAUUAUCGAAAUUGGCUGAUGAGAUGAAUGGAGAUCCAGAAAAAAAGAAUUUUGUUCUUCAAAAUGUAUCGGUAACAGCGAAAGGCCACAUCACAAACGCUAUUAAGAUUGAUAAAGAUGACAAUAUUACACAUGAUAUUGGAUCCGAAGAAGAAAGUAUUUUCUAUGUGCAAUCCUCAUUUAAUGCACUAUUCACCACGAUUAAGCAACAAUGUAAGGAUUUAUUAAACGUCUAUGAUGGCCCAGAAUGGAAAGAUUUACCAAAUAAUCCAUUAUUUUCCGUCUCAUAUUUAAAUCGCAUUCUCAAAUUAUAUAUGCCGACAACUCCUAUUUGGAGUAAUCUUCUUCUAGGUAACUUUGGCCAACGAUAUGGAUAUUCAUUAAACUCGACCGUUCCACCAUGUUCAUGUCAUUUUGGUCGAACAACAGGUGCAUCUGAGUCUCAAAUGCGAGUCUUAAAAGAAGCCAUUCUCAGUAAGAAGAUUUACUCAAGAAUCGAUGAAGUGGCAAGCAAGCUUGGUGAAACAAUUGAAGCAGUAGAAAUGCAAUUUGCCGAUUACAUAUUGAUCAAAAAAGGAAAAAGUCGAUUACUUCCUGCUAAUAAGCAGAAAUUAGCAGAAGAACCAUGGAAUAAACGUAACAAGACAGGAAAAACUACUGGUGUAUAUACUUCGAAGAAACCUCCAAUGAAUCUUGUUGCCAUGAUGAACAAUAAACUAUUAGGUCAAAAUGAUGAUGCCAACUUAGAUGCUGGCCAACUCACACAAUUUUUAAAAUUCGAAAAUACAUCUAAUAACUGUUGGUUGAACAGUGUCUUACAAAUGAUACUUGCAUCUGGUCAUAUAGUUGAAGCGAUUCGGCGAUUUGGUUCUGUUGAAGCUGAUUUAGCAUCUUCGAGAGUGAUGGUUUUAGGAAACAUGCUGAAUUGUUUGGUUAACAAAAACGAAUCUGUGAACGAAGUCAGAAAAACAACUGUAGAACAAAGCUUCAUUCGAGAUCAUAUCGGCUAUCUUCGUUGGACGGGUAUUAAAAUUCGUCCCGGUAAAAAUAAUUGUGUAUUUGACUUUUUCCAAUCAGCAAUAGUACCUACUCUGCUUCACUACAAUAUUGACCUACAAUAUGUCAUCAAUAUUUCUAUUGAAUGCUCUUCUUGUAAAUCAGUGAGCAGUGUUACUCGACAAAAUUGGAACUAUCUUCUUGUACAUCAAACAACUAAAGAAGACAUAUUAGACAAUAUUGUGGCAGAUUUGUUUGGUCCUACAUUAAAGAUGAACCUAUGCCCUAAGUGUGUUAAGCAGGGCCAGUAUGAUACUUCGUUAUCGAUUAUGAAUUACCCCAAGAAUCUGUUCAUUCGUUUCGAACCAAACGUUGCGAUGGGUCAGCAUAGGCCUAAACUAACAACACAUGUGGAUUUCGCUCAGAUUAUUUCUCAUAAUGUAGCGUGCACUCGAUCGUACUCCCGAUAUACGUUACAAUAUUUUAUUGUAUUUCAUGGCGAAGAUGAUGAUGGGCAUUAUAUGACCUUCGCUCAACACAAAGGAGAUUGGUAUCGUCUGAACGAUAUGAAUAUAACAAUUGUUAGAGCUUCAACUGUUUUUGAUGAUCAACUUAAAAAUGAGCCAGUGAUGUUAGCUCAUUUUACACGCCCGUCAGAAAUCGACGUAUUUUCAAUUGCAUUAUGGAAUAUAUUUACUAAUUUUGCACCAACGACUAAAACACUACCAUCGAAUUUAUCUUUGAACGACGCUGCAAAUUAUUUUGCAAAACACCAUAUUAUCGAAGAUAAUCCAUUGAAUUUAGUCACCAUUAAACUAUUUGACUGUUCAAUCUGUAAAAGAGAAACCUAUGCUGUCGACAGAUUCCACGAUGUGUGGCAAAUGCAAACCAACAUAGAAGAAGUCAAUGCCAUCAUAAACAGCUUUGCGUACGAAGAUAUUAAAUGCUCAAAAAGUACUGGUCCCAAUGCCGUUGAUUUCAUCGACGACUCAGGUUUAUUGCAUAUUCGACCAUCCUUUUCACACCCAGCAUUCGAACACUACAUACAAACCAUAUUAAUUGUGCUCGAAGAAGACGAUAUUUUCUACCUGAGAAAAACUGAAAAUGGCUACUCAUCUUAUAAUAAAACUACAAGUGAAUUUGAACCAAUACAAGAAUUUCCCACAUGCCAAACUGGACUCGUGUCAAACUGGAUUGUAUUUGUGUGCAAAGCUGAGACGACCAUAUUCGACACACCAACAGUAAACAAAACAUUAUUUGAUCAAAAUAAUCUGACAGUAACUACGCAACCAGAGCCAUGGACAAUUGAAACAGUCCAGGGCCUUCCACCAGCUUUUAGAGAAUACUUUCAUGUGGGCCCCAUCCAAAUCAAAGCAAAUGAUAUGAAAAUAUUAUUGGACAGUGGAGGCGACAUCAACGAUCUGAUAAUCGAUGCACAUCUAUUCAUUACCGCUACCCAAUCUACAUCAAACCCACGUGUACUGACCUUGGCGAGUCAUGCUGUAUCCGAAAUACUCGAGAAACGCAUCAAGCAACUCAAACAUAUCUGGCUUGAUUACGAUAUUGUACUAUGUCCAAUAAAUCAAAAACAACACUGGCACCAAAUUGGCGAAGAACUACUGAGAGUAGCAGAGCCCGCCUCCGACCAUGACUUCUCAUCCGUGAGUCCUACUUUAGAUACUUUCACUAGCAAGUCAUCACUUAUUUUAGAUUUCCGACAUCCAACCAACCAAUUCCACAACUCAGAGUCAGAAGAAAAACAACACGAAAAACAAACAAAUGAAAAAAAAUAA